GUCCGUUGCUUCUAGCCUCCAAACCAAAGUACAAUUCAACGGACAGCGUCAGAGACUUUGAUGACAGAUUGCCCAAGCUCUCUUAUGACACUCUCAAAGAGAAACAGAUACGGGAUAAGCUAGGAGAACAUGGGCUUGUCACGAUCGGCGACAGAGCGACGUUGGUAGCGCGGCAUCAACGAUGGACAAUGCUCUGGAAUUCCAAUCACGACAAGGGGGUCGAACGACGACAAAAGAUUGGUGAGCUCAGGAGGGAGCUGAAAAAGUGGGAAGAGGAUCACGCCAGGCUGUUGAAGAAAAAGGGGGACACAGAGUCUAUCAAGCCUGAUGAGCAUCUGAAGGCUAAUCGCUCUGAGUUUAGUCGUUUGGUGGAGGAGGCUCGUAAAUCAAAACAUCAAGCUCAGAUAGUUGUGGAGGGUCC